AGAACUGUACACAGGGAGUAAAAUAAAUAGGGAGGAGGACAGAAUGAGAGAAUCUCGAGCAAAAAAAUAAUUAACUGACAAGCAGAAAAAAAAUAACAACAAAAAAGGAAUAACAAAUCUGUUGAAGCUAUUCACGUGUGUCCCUUCCUUCAGGUUCUAGUGGGAGCUAGGGAGUUGGGCUGGAGCUGAAGGCUGGGCAUCUCCAAUUCGUAAUACUAUUCGAAAAAAGAAGAGUUUCAUUUUGAGCUGGAUGGAUCUCGCUGGCGAUCCGUUCACCAGGGUCCAAACUCUAGCAAUGAACAAUUUAUCGGAGGUACCAACGCAAUACAUACAACCCCCGGAGAACCGGCCUCAAAACCCAGCUUAUUCCGACUCCACCGGCCACAAACACGUUUCAUCUGCAUCGGUUCCAGUGAUUGACCUCUUUGAAUUUGAUCCGCAACAUCUCAAAUCGGGCCAGGUUAGGCAGGAAAUCCAACGCGUUUGUGCAGAAUGGGGCGCUUUUCAGGUGAUCAACCACUGCAUCCCUACUCAUUUGCUGGAUGACAUGAGACGCGUAGGCCUCUCCUUCUUCAAGGACUGUCCCAUGUCCGAGAAAUGUAAGUAUGCCUGUGAUCCCAAUUCCACUGCUUCUGAGGGCUACGGCAGCCGCAUGCUCGUCGCCGACAAUGGUGGCAGGAAAAAUGAAGCCCGUUUCGUCUUGGACUGGAGGGAUUACUUUGAUCACCACACCUUGCCCCUGUCUCGUCGUAAUCCCUCUCGCUGGCCCUGCUUCCCUCCCAAUUACGCAGAAGUGGUGGCGCAGUACAGUGAUUGCGCAAAGUCCCUUGCUCAGAAACUGCUGGGACUCGUCUCUGAGAGUCUAGGGCUGCCACCUUCGUGCAUUGAGGAUGCUGUUGGUGAGUUCUACCAGAACAUCACUGUCAGCUACUACCCCCCUUGCGUGCAGCCGGAGCUUACACUAGGCCUGCAAGCCCAUUCUGACAUGGGUGCCAUCACUCUUCUUAUCCAGGACGAUGUUGGGGGUCUUCAGGUCUUUAAAGAUGCCGACUGGGUUACUGUGCAGCCUCUUCCUCAUGCCAUCGUUGUCAUUUUGGCUGAUCAAACGGAGAUUAUAACCAACGGCGUGUAUAGAAGUGCAGUACAUCGGGCCAUAACCAACAACAGCAGGGCACGGCUCUCAAUUGCCACAUUUCAUGACCCAGCCAAGACCAUGAAAAUAUCUCCUGCAUCUAAGCUUGUUAGCAAACAUUCUCGUCCCCACUACCGUGAAGUUGUGUAUGGGGACUAUGUGUCAUCCUGGUACACAAAAGGGCCAGAAGGGAAAAGAAAUAUUGAUGCUCUCUUAAUUGAACCAUCAGAUUGAAGGGAGGUGUUCCCCUCUUGUACAUAAGCUUUGCCCAUAUACAUCUAUAUAACUCUAUUAUAUUUUGUUUUUGUUUUUGUUUUUGCUUUUGACACUUGAAUGGUGUCUUUUUAGUUCUCUUUUACAAAGCGCUAAUGAUUCAUAAUAAGAAAGUAAAACUCAGAUUCUGUGUUGGAGGCUGGCAUUGACUCAUAA